UAAUUUAUUUUGGUCAGAUACGUAGUUCAGAACUAUCGGUUAAGAAAUCGUUUGCGACUUAUUUCAGUAGGACGAGAGACAAAAUGAUAAAAGCAGUUGUGUUUUUAUGUGGACUUUUGACAGUGAACUGUGGUUUGACACCCUUACACAUUAAAGGAAUUCAGAUCAAAAAUAAGGGGGACGAGAGGUUAUGGAUUGAAAUGACGAAUGAGGAUAGUUUUUCAUUGCCACCUGGACAAGUGGCAUCCGUUAUUUUGGAAUACACUUGGUCAGGAAAAAUUUUCGCUCGAUCUGAACAAUGUCAAGUCAAAAAAUGCAAUACGCCGUACACUGUUGCUGAGCUCACAUUUGGUGGACCUGAAGGAGAAGAUCGCUACAGUGUAUCCAUGAAAGAUGGAUUCAACAAGCCUGUGAAAAUUCAACCGACAAGCCCGAAAAGUUUCUGCAAAUCUGCUUCCUGCAGCGCCAAUAUAAUCUCACAGUGCCCCAAAACUCACCAAGUGAAAGACGAGGACCUCAAUGUUGUAGCUUGUAGAUCAUUUCCGGAACUUUUCCAGAGUCUUUGUCCAUCAGCCGUAACCUCCGAUUCUGACAUCGCGACUAAUACACUCUCUUGCAAGACUUCGAAUACGUAUUUUGUUACUUUUGGUUAAAGGAACGGGAGAGAAAUGUCAAAAAAAAUUGUUUGCUAUGUAUUUAUUCUAAUCUUAAGAGGUUACAUUCACCACAAAAUACUCACAUAUAUUCCAUGUAGUCAUUUAGAAAAUUUAUAUUCCUACUACUGUUAUUUAGGAAAACUCUCAGGUUAUAGUCAAUCCAAACCAUAUCCAAUCUGGUAUGACCUUCCUAGAUAUAGAUACUUUUUAUUAAUCAUAGGGAUUUCUUUCAAGUGCUGCAAGGUAACUUUUUUCGUUUCCCCCAUCAAUAUCAAGAAAAGUGAAAUAUCUCGUCAUUGGUAUUCUUUUGGGAAAUUUCCUCCUGCUAUCCUUCUAAUUACUUGAAAAUUCAUUUUAGGAAAAAUAUGUAAACCUUAAUCUGUUUCUAUUGCCCGAUCAUGAAAAUCUUGAAUUUGACAUGUGGAAUAUUCACUAAAAUCGUUUGACAUUAUUCUUAAGAAGCUAAAGUAGUUCUUCUAAUUGAUUUGAUUCAAGUAGGUGUAUUCAAAUUGAAAAAUGUUUAUUGAAAACUGAGUUUUAUUCAACUGAAGUUAUUAGUUGGGAGUUAUAAAAUACAAUACUUUUCAACCUGCACAAUCAUCUUUGAAAAUAUUCUUUAAACAAUAUAAAUAUAAAACGUCUUUGAAGAAUAUUGAAAAUGUGUGAAAGGAAGUAUUUUUGGAGAUAAUUGAUGUUAAUGUUUUUUCAGAUGUUAAACGAAAAAACACGCUCCUACGAAACAAGGUAGAAAAGUUACUUCGCUUUCACAGCUAUUCUAAAUCAGAAAGAAACGGUGAUUCAAUCACAUAUUUUCUGAAAGAGUUUUCAUUCUCCUCGUUGGUCAUUUCUUAAUUUUUCGAAAGGGAAAUUAAGACAAAUUAAAGAAACGCGUUCAAGAAAUUCCCAACAAGAAAUUGAAGCCACUCAGUCAUUCCUUGUUUGAACUUGAGAACAAAAUUUCAAUUGGAAUGAAUGUUUAUGUUUAUGUGGUUGCAUUUUAUACUUACUUCAUACAUACAGUCUGUGUAUGUGCUCAGAGUGAACAUCGUAUACUUCUUUUUCACUUCAUGCAAUCCUAUUUUCAUGAAUAUAUUUUCCCCUUGGGCACAACAUGAAAAUGACGAAAAUGGAAAUCAGCUGUGUACAUUUCCACGUGCCAUAAGUUUUUUAAAUGGCUUCAAAAAUUGAAAUAUGUUUGAAGUUCAGAAUAAUACAAACUCGUAAACAAAAUGUUUUCUUGUAGGGCGCUAUAAAAUAAAACAAAUAUUGGUUGAAUUCUGUUGAAAAUAUGAAACAAUUCAUAUCUUCAAUUCACAUCUGUACCAACCUGAUAUUUUCAUUUUGAAAAUCAAUAAUUUUUAUUUAGUCCUAAAGGUUUUUGUUCAUUUCUAGUAGUAGAACAAAAUGUUCGACAUUUAGAAAAAAAAAUGCCGAUAAUGUGGUAACCGAAUUUAUCAAAAGUAUAUUACCACCAAAAUAUAUUUCCUCUAAUUCUCAAAACUUUUGUCAUUGGGCGUAUUUAGGUAGUGCCCGAGCACUGCAUUUAUUAGUUUCCACUUUUGAUUACUAAGAUUUUGUGGCUUCUUUUAUAGGUCAUUAAAUCCCUUCUUAGAUAGUUUUAUGAUAGAUAAAUUACAAAUUUUCAUUAACUCUGUGUCGCUGGAUAUGUGUGUGAAACAUUAUUUUGGAUGAUGGAUCAAAAUGUAAUAAUUCCAAUACUUUUUCAUCUUCCUGAAUUUUCAAUUAAUAGCAUAUGUAUUGUUUAUAUUUCGCAUAUGAAAGGAGGUACCUUGUUAGUUGAAUCACUAUAGUAUAGUAAUGUUACAGUAUUGUUAAAUUAAUGAUUUUAUCAAUAGAUUGUUUUCUAAAAUA